AUGCAGAUUCGUCUGAGGUGUAACUGUGAGGAAGGAACGUGCAAAGAAUGGGGCAUUGUUGAACUGCAAGGCGUGGUGGAACCACAACCUGGUUUUGAGGUUUCCCUUUCCAACAUUCAAAUUGGCACUCUCUGUCGUCCUUCUUCUCAGGAAGUGUACACUUUCACUGUUGGGUACCAUGAACUAACAGGGUCAAAGGUUCCCUUAAAGAAGCCAAUGGUGGUGCUCAAGAAAAUAAAGCAACCGGAUGGAGAGGUGGAACUGCAAGUUGUUGGAAUCAUUCGACAUCGGAUUCUGUUCAAGAACAGACCAAAAGCCAUCAUUUCGAAGCCACAUAUAACAUUCACGGAAAGACAAAAGCCUAUCAUGUUAGGCUCUGUUCCUUCAAAUCAAAAUGCAUGA